UUUGUUGUGGCGCGCUCCCUCACAACGACACGUCAGGCCAUCAGACGUCAGUAUGCGGCUGUAACUUUGCACGUGUAUCGCCACAUCGCAGGCAAAGUCGAUUUCCCCACCAAAAACAAUAAUUUGCGACGGAAAACUUUGUGGAUGGGGCUGCUGCAAAUGUGCUGACCCCACGCUCAGUCAGCGUUUCGCAACACCGCUAGGCUUUAAACUUCCAAGUGCAAUUAAUUGACCAACCACAUGCACCAAACAAAACAGGAACCUCUCUGACUGAGUAUAAUAUUUUCAAUGAAAAUGCAACACUAGCUUUAACUACCAUGAUUAACCAAAUAAUAAUACUACUAUGGACCUCGUUCACAUUUCUAUUUGGAUAUCCUGUUACCGUCAAAGGUUCGAUAGGAUGUUUCAAAUGUGUAUCAAUAAAUGGCAACAAUCCAGCCUGUGACGAUCCAUUCCACAACAAUUACACGGUGGACAUUCUGGAGUCACCCUGCAUGGGGGGCAGAAAAGGGAGAAACGGCCUUUUCCCAGCUACGGCCUGUAUCAAACUGACUGGCAUCUAUGAUGACACAGGGGACAGCAUAAUGGUGAGAGGAUGUGCCUUGGAUAGUGGUACGUUGACUACAGACACAGAGCUGAUCCGAAUGUCUCAUUGUGGGGGCUUCUACUUUGAUGAUCGGUAUGCGAGAGGCUGCGUCCAGAGCUGUGAUGACGGUGAUGCAUGCAACACGGCGACGACGCUCAACACCAAUUCAUCAACAUCAACACCAUUCGCCGUCAUUCAAACACUAUUUUGUUUGUUGUACAACUAUUUUGUCUCGUGAAAAAUAUUCCCAACUUCAUAACAGUCUACACUGAAUAUUGAAGCACUGAACAUCGCAUGUAGCAUCCGAAAAUCAUUAGGUAGGCUACUGUAGAAUAGGUUUUAUUAAAUUACAUUGAUAACGACAUCUACAUGAAUAGUGAGUGAUAGUUUUAUUAUUAUUCGCUCAGAAUUUAUACGUCUAUAUCGUUAUAAGAGACUUCAGAGUGGUUAAUUAGCUGGCAGCUCAUAAAUGAGAAGUGGAAUUGAAGAAAUUAAUUUAUUCAAUACAACUUGGUAGAUUGUUUGAAUAGGAUUAUAGAAGAUAUAAAAUGUUUGAAAACAAAACUUGAUAGAUUAUUUAUAAUAAAAAAUUAAUUUAUAGCUUCUGCUCAUGAUUUAGCAAAUCUAUAAAUAAACAUCCAAAUGAAUAAAUAGGAUUUGUUUAGUUGAGUUGAUGAAAUACAAUCAUGGAUUACUUGGCCACGUUAAUUAUUAGGUACCGUACAUUGGUAGAAUGUAUUUCAAAUCGAGGGCAUAGGCCUAACAUAUAGGCCUAUAAGCCUAUAGUGAUGGUUAUAUGAGUUCAGAGAAUAGGAUGGAAUGUUUCAUAACAUUGGACUUAAACUCAACAUUACCUAUGCCUACUAACAUAGAAAUAGCCUAAUUGAGACUCAAGUGCAAUAAGACGGUCUAUAGAAUCGGUUACAUAUUAAGUUAUACAGUAUAGUAAUAAAUAAAUUGACAUAUUAUAUAAGUUGAAUCACCAUAGUGGGAUAAAAUAUUUACCAAUCAUGAUUUUUAUUAAAAGGAAACACAAUCCAAAAAAAAUUACUAUAUCAGUAUCAUUACUACUUUAGCCUACUAUAUUUAUAGGUAAUGGAUGAAUCCACAAAAACUGUAGGCCUUCCUUGUAGGCCUAUAGUAGGCUACCUAACUAAUAUGAACCAAUUUCAAUGCAGAGAGGAACUGCAUAUUAAAUAUAUUGUACAAAUAUUGAAAUUUAAUAUUAGUUUGGAUAGAAUGCUAUAGUAUGAGUUGAUGAAUGCAUAUUGAUAAUGUGAGUACAGUAACUCAUAUCAAUAGAGUAUCAUUAAUUAUUUUUCAAGAAUAGAGCUUCAUUAGAUACCAUAUAAAUGACUUUUUUAAUGCACAUCACCAAAUAUAUACUAAAUUUAUUGUAGUUUUGGGAUAAAUUAUAAUUUAUAGAGAAAAAAUAUCAUGACUAGGUUUUCGUUUCAAGGGUGAAAAGCUUCAUAUAAAUCAAUAUUUUUAAUAUAAGUAGCCUAUUCUACUCACAAGUGUGAUACCCUAUACAUGCUCUGUCCGGAAUGUAAUGUCAAUGAUUUUUUUCCCGACUCCAUUGUACAUCCCAGAAUAUUGAUGUACGGUACUGGGAAACUAUAGUAGUUUGGGAUCUUGUGAACAAAGCUGACUUUGCGCCUUUUGUCUCUAUCCUCUCCUAGGGUUUUAAAGGCAUUUACGUGAGAGACGUUUUUGUGACACGCCAGAGUACAAAUGCAGUGUUCCCUUGAGCAACGCAGUGUGAUGACGACCCAGAAUUUUCAUGAAAUUUUAUCACUGGAGAUAAGUCUUGGGUGUUCGAGUACGACCCAUUUUCAUUUUUCAACAACAUUUCCUAAAAAGUAUGGGUCCUCAUCACACAUCGUUCACGAGGUAGCGCUGCAUUUUGAUCUCUGACGCGCCCCGAAAACGUAUCUCAUGGAAAUGCCUAUGGAAACUCUCAAGCAGGGCUUUGUUCACAAGAUCCCUAACUAUAGCCUACUAGUCUCCCAGCAGCAGCACUCUGGAGUGUACAAUGAGUGUAGAAAAAAAUCAUUGACAUUACUUUCCGGACAGACUCUGUAUACUGGCUGAUGAGAAGCCGAUAAGAGUUCAAGUUAUAGUAUAGACUAUAUCAGUUCAAUAUAUUUGAGAGACAAAUUCAAAGUAAUUAUCAUUUUCAAGAGUGGGUGAGUUACUGUUCCGGAGGAAACUGAUAAAAGAAUAAUAUCGAAAUAUUAUUGUUGCUAGAAUGGAUAUUAUAGUCACAAUACAGAGCAUUGGAUAUUAAUGUUGAUAAAAAUAAUAUUGAAAAAAUUGCUCAUCGUCAAAAUUGUUAUAUUUUCUGUUUUCGUAUCGAUUAGCCUAUCUUGAAUAGGCUACUCUCAACAUCCACAAAUAAACUUAACGCUGGUACGGUACUCACUAUAUGCUCCAAAAUCAUUACAGUAUACGGUACCGGUAACCAAAGAGUUACUGUUCCAGAGAGCCUGAUACAUUUUGGAAUGAACUCGUUGGAGUACGGUACUGACUUAAUGUUAGGUAAUUUUUUGGUGAAAAAACUUGAGAGAUAUUUAGAAUAUUCCAUUAAUAGAAGCAGCAAGUUACUGUUAUUUUAAAUUUUGAAACUAAAAAAGCAUCUUGUUGAAAUGUGAGAAUUCACUUACCGUAUUAUUUAUCAAAAUACCUUAUUGUACCAUAAUAAUAAUAAUAAAUAAUAAUGAAUUUAUUGUACGGUACCAUAAAUUCAUUGAUAAUAAUAUUUUUUGAUAACUUGUGGAUAACAUUUUUCGAAUAAAACAUCAAGAAGUAUGCACCUUCAAAUAAGAUGGUUGCUUAGUCUAAACCAGAUCAAUAAAUUAUCAAUGGUCACUACCGUAAUUAUAUGUGCAUGCAAUUGCAUUCAAAUUGUCGAAGAUGUCAAACAAAUAUAUGCUGCUGACCAUAUAUAAAUGAAUAGUGUGAAUAUUUUUUUAAAGAAGAAUCAUUACUGCUCAAUGUUCUAGGAUCAAUUUGUAAUUUGGUAAUCUUCAUGUACGAGUAGCCUACUGCAAUACAGAUAGGCUACCGUAGACAUACUCAGUAUUUUUAUUUAUAAUAUCCAUUCAAUUUCUCUGAUACAUUAUCAUAAGCAUGCGAGAAUAAUCAAAGUAUGAUGAAACUCUUAAAAUUUCUGGGACCAAUAACUGGUGAAUGAUGAUAAUGAUAUGUAAAAGUAUCAUAAUAAUUAUUAACAUAUCAAGAGAAAUAUCAAUAUUGUGACUAUUCUGGUGUGACAAGUUUGAAAAUCAGCAUGAUUAAUCCUUAUAUGAAUAUUGUUAAAAUGUAUUGUAUAUAAAUAGCUAUACGAAGCCUUAUGUUUUUGGAAAUAAAUUUGUAAAGAUAUGGGGACUUUGUAGUUAAGAGUAUUUGGAAAGCUGAGAAUAAAGGAAUUGAGCAAUUUAGCUUUUUGCACCUCUCAAGGAGCUGGGGUGGCUCAAACUGAUGGAGCGCAGAAGGCAUUUCCUUCUGGUGUUUCACAAGCUGAUUGUAAGAAGUGUUGGUCCUGGCUAUCUUCGAGACUCCUUCACAAUCCUCGCUGACAUCCAAUCCAAUUGUGGCACUAGGUCUCAUCACCUCACAAGCCAAAUACCACUUCAUCGAACAGCUAUUUUCAACUCAUCUUUCCUCACAUCCGCCUGUUGAGCAUGCAACUCCCUGCCCUACCACCUGAUCCAAUACAAUUCAUUGGCUUGCUUCAAGAGGAACCUGUUCAAAUAUCUGCUUGACUAAGCUAUUGUCAAGUUUGUUCUAAUGUUAAUUUCAUUUUUCUGCGUUCCAUUCAUUAUUAUUCACUCAAAUUGAUAUUCUCAUUCUUAUUUCUAUUCAUUUAUUUUAUUUGCUCUAUUUUCUCUAAUCUUUAUUUCAUCAAUCUCAUUCAAUUACUAAUUUUGCUGAGGUGCUGAUGGUCUAGAAUAGCAGUCCUAGCGUUCCAACAACCCAAGGUGCUAGAGUGGUAGAACCCCACCGAAAAUUCGGGUUCCUUUAUAUCCAUAAUCCUCCAUAUUCUACAUCCUUACUCCUCACCUAGCCUUAAUAUCCUCCCACUUGUACCUUUCAUAUUUUCCACUUCCCUGUAAAUUCUGCUGAUUUCAUUCAUUCAUAUCACCCAUCAUUUUCAUUUUCAGCAUGCAUUUUCACAAAUAUGUUAUCAUGUAGGCUACUAUUAUUGUAAUUAAUUUUUUUCCAUAGAAGUGUUAUUAUUUUGUUUAUUAUUACCAGUGUUUGCCAUAUAGGACUUGUCAGACCUGCUGGCAAUGUAAGAUGUAUUGAAUAAAUAUCAAAUAUAUACCGUCAUAAAAAUAUAUUAAUCUGAAAUUUAAUUGGAGCAUUUGCGAGGUUUCAAUUUCUCAAACAUAAGCUGGUCUUCAUUAAUAAUUGAGGAUGGGUCGUCUUAUUGUUAUACUUUUCUUUAUUGUUGACCAAUUAAUAUGAGUUGUAUCAUUACACAUGCUACCUUUGUGAUAAUAAUACCCUAUUAUUUCAAGUAAAAUUAAGAAUUCAAUCAUAGUUUCUAUGUACAAAUAUUAUUACAAGAACAGUGAGUGUUUUGGGCUCAUAAAGUCAUGUACCGUAAUCAAUUCAAGUUGAUAUGAUAGAUAAUAAUGCAGAAAUUUGGCUUAAUAAGGUAAUUUAUUUAGAGUAUGUAAGAUACUUGUAAAUAAUAAAGUCAGCUAAUUUCAAUCAAAGUUCUCACUUUCAUUUGUGAUUCAAGAAUCACAAAUAAAAAAGAGAAUUUCAUCCAGUUCUAUUAAGAGGUGACUGCAAUCAUUUUUGAGAAUAAUCAUUAUCUAGAUGAGUACGUUACCGUAGUUAAAGUAUAAUUUGGAUAGUGGAAUUUUGAAAGUCUGUGAAAGCCAAUUUAAUUUCAUUAUUGAUAUACAAGCAAACUUUCUUCUGUUUUGUAUUAUUUUUUUUCUCACAAACACUGUGCAAAAUGUAACAUAUGGAUCAGAAAAGGUUAAUAAGAAUUCAAGACAGGAUAUAGAUAAGAUAGGGUAUAGGAUUACUGUGAGUAGGUGUAGAGCACGGUACCGGUACGGUAUGCAAGGAAAUGCAAAAAAAUAAUUCUUUCAGAUUCAACUUUAUGUUAUUUACUUGAGAUGAUGCCUCUUGAAUGAUUGGAGGAUAAAGUAUUGAUAUAAGUGAAUCAUGCCCAACAUGUGAGCUUAUAAUAGACUACAACAGGUUUCGAGUAGAAAAGUUAUUUGCCUUGUAAUAUUGUAGAAAAUUUAACUAGGCCUAAGAAGAGAGGAAUAAAUUAUUAUGUUUUGUCAAGAAA